UUCGUUCCCGUUUGUUCCGGCAGCCGGACGCGCCCGUGUUGCUGCUCUUUCGGGCAGCGGCCGGUGGAGAGGCCGGCAUGGCGGAGAGCCCGGGACGGCCCGGCUCCCUGCCGCCGGAGGGAAGCGGUGUCCCUCGGGAAGGAGGCGAUGAGGAAGCGGCCGCCGGGGAGCCGCAGCCAGGGGUGUCCACAGAGGAGACGGCGGAGUCCCCGGACGGGUCCCUCCACUGCGAGGCGCCGCGGCUGAGCGGGGUGGCGAUGGCUAGGCAGGAGGCCGCCGAGGCGGAGGUGGCCCCGGGCGGCAGCGCCGGGACGGGGAGCGGAUUCCCCGACGGGGCGGCGGAGAGGUCAGGCCGGCCGGGUGCGGAGCAGCGGCCUCCGGCGGGGGCUGAGCAGCGAGUUCCCGAUGGGGAAAGCCUGGGGGGCGAGGGUCUGCCGGGAGGGGAGCCGGUGGAGGAGGCCGCGGAGGUAGACGUCUCCACGGCGGCAAGGGUGGAACUCGAGGGCGCGGCUGUGUCCCCGGUGAACACUGAGCCUGAGGAGGCAGCCCCGGAAGGUACGGAGCCCGAGGGGACAGCCGCAGCAGGGACAGAGCCCGAAGAGGCAGCCUCGGCGGGAACGGAGCCCGAGGACGCGGCCACGGCCCCGGCGGGGACGGAGCCCGGGGAGGUUGAGGCAGCCCCGGCGGGGCCAGACCUCGAGGAGGAGAUGGGGACAGUCCCGGUAAGGACAGACCCUGAAGAGGCAGUGAGAGAAGAAGCCCCGUCGGGGACAGACUUCGAGGAUACGAUGGCAAAAGACCCGGCGGAGACAAACCCCGAAGAGGCGGCGGGGCCAGACCCUGAGGAGGCAGUGAGAGAAGAAGCCCCGUCGGGGACAGACUUUGAGGAGACUAUGGCAAAAGACCCGGCGGAGACAAACCCCGAAGAGGCGGCGGGGCCAGACUCCGAGAAGGAGGUGAGGGAGGAAGCUCCGGCGGGGACAGACCCCGAGAAGCCUGCGGGGAUAGAUCCGGCGGGGACAAAUCCCGAAGAGGCGGUGCGGGAGGCAGCCCCCGCUGGGACAGACCCGGAGGAGCCUGCAGGGACAGCACCGGCUGGGAAAGACCUCGAAGAUGCCGUGCAGGAGGCAGCCCUGAUGGCAGCCGAGGAGGCGGUGGCUCCGGCGGGGAGCGAGGUGGCUCCCAGUAGCGGUGAGGAAGCAGAGGUGGCGUUGCCGGCCGGAGGAGAGGCCGACGGCGGGCGCCGGUCGUCGGUCGGCCCUGCCCGCGAGGACGGAGUGGAGACAGCGGUGGCGGAGCAGGGAGCCGGUGCCCCGGCGGUGGCGGAAGAGGCGAGCGAGGCCGCAGGGGCCGGGGGAGCGGCGGAGCAGCGCAGCGGGUCCCCGGGCCCUGAGGGCCGCGAGUGGGACGCGGCAGGUCGGAGCCUUAACGGCCGGGCGGAGGACGAGAACGAGAGAGGUUCGCCUGCCGCCCUGGAGGAGGAAGAGGAGGAUGAGGAGAAACAGGAACACGACAUCUCUCUCUUCGUCAAGGCUGGCAGUGAUGGGGAAAGCAUCGGAAAUUGCCCCUUCUCUCAGCGUCUCUUUAUGAUUCUGUGGCUAAAAGGUGUCAUAUUCAAUGUUACAACUGUGGAUUUGAAAAGAAAGCCUGCUGACCUGCAGAACCUUGCCCCAGGAACAAACCCUCCCUUCAUGACUUUUGAUGGUGAAGUGAAAACUGAUGUCAACAAGAUUGAAGAGUUCUUGGAAGAAAAGCUGUCUCCACCCCGGUAUCCCAAGCUUGCACCAAACCACCCUGAGUCUAACUCUGCAGGAAACGAUGUGUUUGCAAAAUUCUCUGCAUUCAUAAAGAACCCAAGAAAAGAUGCUAAUGAAAAUUUGGAAAAAUCUUUGCUUAAAGCCCUGAGGAAGCUGGACAACUAUUUAAAUAGCCCCUUGCCUGAUGAAAUUGAUGCUUACAGCACUGAGGAGAUCACUGUUUCCAGUCGGAAAUUCCUGGAUGGAGAUGAUCUCACCUUAGCAGAUUGCAACCUCCUACCAAAGCUCCAUAUAAUCAAGGUUGUUGCAAAAAAAUAUAGAAAUUUUGAUUUUCCACCUGAAAUGACAGGGAUUUCAAGAUACUUGAACAAUGCAUACGCAAGAGAUGAAUUUACAAACACUUGUCCUGCUGAUCAAGAAAUCGAGUAUGCGUACUUGGAUGUUGCAAAGAGAAUGAAGUAAACAGAAGAUGCCUCUGUUCUUUAUUGCUUCCGAGAUUCAGAUGGGCAGCAGCCAAGAUGGAAGUAUGCAUUCUGCAGCGUAAUUUUAAGUUCUGCUAUUGGCCAAUCCUUCUUUUAUAAUGAUUGUAUAGCUUUAUUUGCUCAUUCUUAAGUUAUGUAUGUGUAUGUUUAUGUGUCUGUACAGAUGUCUGCACACAUGAAUAUCUGUUGUGCAUUCCAAGUUAAAGGCAUAAGUCAAUAUUCAAGCAUCUGUUGGGGUUAGGGGAACAGUGUAGGUUACACAAUUAUAGCAAUAUUACAAACUAGUGACUUAUGGUAAAUUGCUGAAUUUUGAGAAGAAAUAGCCCUGUUUCUAACACACAUUUAACCUCUUGUUAUCGCUGCCUCUGAUCUCUGUUUCACAGUUGUUGCCAAACUUCACAGUUACCGGGAGGGUUUCUGUUUGCUUCUCUGCAAGCCUCAGAGGGCCCCAAGCCAGCCGCUGGUGCCCAUGCAGCACCUGGCUUAACCCAGGAGAGAGGGCAGCCUGUAGGUGGGACUACACCUCAUGUCCCAGAAGCCCUCUCCUCUGUGCUGGAGACCUGCAGGGCAGGUCAAGGAAGUAGAACUCCUUUUUACAUUGUGUGAGUCUUCUUUGGUAUAAUAAUUAAAUAAAUUAAUCCAUCUUGCCUUCUCCUCUCUCAGGGCCGCAAAACCCAUCGAACUUCCCUCCUGGUGCUCCCAAAGAGAGAAAUGCAGAGUGCCACUGGCUGAUGGACUGUCUGAUAAUAGAUAUUUGAUGAGGGAAGGGGGAGAAACACAGUUUUCACUGUAGACAUAAGAAAGGGGUGACCAUCUGUCCUCUGCUACUGAUGUAGAAUUUCUUUGUCAUCCUUCCGUGGCUUUCAUCUGGUUUUGGAAAGCAAAGAGGAGGAGAGGGUCUAAGAAAGAAACAGUCCUCCUAUACUUCCUUUUCCUGGUUGAGCUCUAACGUAUUGGCUUUCCCAAGGCUGCUGUUAGGAUUUCAUUGCUGAGAGCUUUACAGCUGAUUAGACAACAUAGACCUACCUCAUGCAGUAGGCGGGGGAUGGAUUAGAUGGACCCCUCCAGACUUGCCUGUGUCUGUUAAAUCAGUCAGUACUCGGGAGCACCCUCUAGCCUGGCACUGAGGAGCACGCGAUGUAUGGACAUAAGAGAUGUAUGGGCUGGGAUAAGUGAUGUUCACAGCUGCUUUUUGCUGAGCAGGUCCUCAGCAAGCACACAGGAGCAGAGUGUGCAGUGCUUUAGUCAUAGGGUCACGUGGAAGUUUUCUUCUGAUGGAUUUUGCCUGUGUACAAAAUAGAUGUAAAAAUGGCUAAAAAUAGCUUUACAGCACCUACAUCCACAAAAAUACUCUUUUAGGUCAGUCACUUAUCCUUUCCCAUGUCAAACAUACGCUUGCUUUCUAACAAAGCUUUACUUAAUGGUAAUAGUCGGUGUUAGAUGCACUGUGCCUGCACUGUCUUCCUCUUACACACUGCACAGCUCUAAUGCAGAUGUGCUAACAUCACAAGUAUUUGUAAGCAGUGCCGAAUAUGUGGCUUUAGUUUAGCUUGCCUUUAGAGAAAACAGGCACAAUAACUUUCCCCUCCCACCCUCCACUGUGAACUCUCAUAUUGGGGUUGAUAGCUGAGCAAUCACUCAUCACCUAUUACUAACACUUACUUUGUAUUUUCAAAUACAUACAUAUAUAUAUAAAUAUAAAAAAUGAAACCUGUAUACUCUUUUCGUAUGCCUUACAAAUUUAAAUAGAAAAUACACAAAUUCAUAAGUAA